GUAUCAUCCGUGGUAAGCAGCUGAGCUGAGCCAUGGCGAUGGGAGCCGCGGCGGCGCCAUGGUACGGCGCCAUCGGCGGCGGUGGCUCGCGGCGCGCGCGGGUGAGGGCGCAGGCGGCGGCGCCGUGGGCAGGAGGCGCGGAGGAGCUGGUGCGGUCGGGCGCGGUGCGGGCGGUGCGGGCGAGGGAGGCGGCGGGGGCGAUGUCCGCGGAGGGGUUCCGGCUGCUGGACGUCCGGCCGGAGUGGGAGCGCGCGCGCGCCGCCGUGCGGGGCUCGGCGCACGCGCCGCUGUUCGUCGGGGACGACGACACGGGCCCCGUCACGCUGCUCAAGAAGUGGGUCCACUUCGGCUACAUCGGCCUCUGGACCGGCCAGUCCUUCACCAAGAUGAACGACCGCUUCCUCGACGACGUCGCCGCCGCCGCCGGCGAAGGCAAGGACGCCAAGCUGCUCGUCGCCUGCGGCGAAGGCCUCCGGUCGUUGAUCGCGGUGAGGAUGCUGUACGACGACGGGUACAAGAACCUGGCGUGGCUCGCCGGAGGGUUCAGCAAGUGCGUCGACGGCGACUUCGCCGACGUGGAGGGGGAGAGCAAGCUGCAGUAUGCCACCGUGGGUGGGGUGUCCUACAUCUUCCUCCAGAUCCUGCUUCUGCUGCGGGUAGUCAAGUGAUGAUCAUGUAACAUCAGGACAUGCAUCCGAGUAUCCGACCAAUGUUGCAGUGGAAUAUGCUGCCAAGUCCCAAAUAUUCUCCCAUCCUCUUGCCUUGUUCUCUUAUAAUUGAAUUGAAUUCGUUGAAUUCAUGUGCUUGCGUGAAAAAUGUGAUGAUAGAUAAAUAUAGAUACCAGUAGCAAGGUAGUUCGUGAUGGUAGACAAGUAGACGGUAGCAAGUUCUGUUCUACUGUUCUAAAAAAAAAAGUUCUGCAUGUGUUAUACUCCA